GCUGCACUGCAGCCUUGUCGAGCCUCUUGGAAAAUUCAGUAUUAAGCUGCAAACACUGGACUAAAAAAAAAAAAAAAUAUGUCUUUCUCAAGAGCCCCUUUGAAAAGGUUCAACGAGAACGUAGGUUGUGCCCCAGCACCGGGGUCCUAUGAGAUUAAACCUGGGGACCUGAAGGGAGCUGCUUCCUUCGACAAAUCUGAUCGAUUCAGACCUGUUAAGGCUGCCGCUCUGCCGCCACCGUCGCCCUGCAGAAGCGCCCUAAUGUCACCGGUCCGUAGGACUCUGUCGGUGGAUGGUCUUAUGGAAGGCUCAAGUGUCAAGAAAGAGAAGAAUUGCAUGACCAUGGAAAGGAAGCAGCAGAAGCUCUUGGAGAAAGAGAUAAGGUCCCUAGUCCAGCAGCGGGGGGAGCAGGACCGUCGCUUGCUGGCUCUGGAAGAGGAGAUGAAGAAGGUGGAGGCCAAGCUGCUGGCUGCAGUCAGGGAGAAGACGGGCCUUGCUGCCAAUGUUACCACCCUUGAAAGACAGCGGGCCGAGCUCAAGAAAAUCAAUGAGUUCCUAAAAAACAAGGUUUCUGCUGAUACUACAAAAAAGAGAAUCAAUUCUCUUACAAUGGAGUUGAUGGAGGCCAGGAACACUCUGGAUGCUAAAAACAAGGAGUUAAGUGUCCUGCAGAUUAACAGUGAAGGCCAACUGAAGUUGUUAGAAACUGACCUCCAAGCUGCCAGGGCUACUGCCACGGCUCUAAAGGACAGGAAUAAAGACUUGGAGGACCUUCAUAAAGUGACCAAAACCCAGAACGAAGAUCUGGAGAAUGAGAACGCUAGAUUGCAUGCUGUGAUACGGGAGCUGAGGGAGGAGAUCAGAGUCUUGCAGGGAUACCUGGAUACAGCCAAUGACCAGAUCCAGGAUCUCCGCUUAAAGCUCAGAGAGAAGGCACAGGAGAACGCUGUUGCUGGUCCUCAGCUGGAGAAAGUAAAGCAACUAGAGACUGAACUACUGCAGCACUCUACUGAGCUAGAAAGCACUCAAGGCAUGCUCAGACAAAAAGAGGAGGAGGCACAGAAAUUCCAGCAAGAGCUGCAGGCCUCAAAGAAUGCUUUAAUAGCGGCGGAGAAGCUAUUGGACAACCAAGUGCUGGAGCUUAAGUCUUCACAAAAGUCAGUGAGUGACAUGGAGGAGCAAAUUAAGUCGGCCAAACAAGAAGUUCAGGACUCACAAGCAACAGUUCGACAGCAGGAGGCUGAGCUUGCUAGACUGAGGGAGGUGCUCAGAAGGACGGAGAAGGAGCUGGAUGAGAGAGUGGCACACCUUGAACAGAGAUAUCUGUUCUCUGAGGAAGAGAGGAGUAAGGCCCAGGAGCAGGGCUUCAGGAGAGUGGAGGAGUUGAAAACAGAGAUCGCUUUGCUAAAGGAGGCUAAAAGAGAUGAGAAAAAGAGACAGAUUCAGCUUGAGCAAGAACAUGCUACUCUUACUGAAGAACUGGCAAAAGAAAAGGCACUUGUGGACUCCCUGACUGUGCUGGUGGAGCAGGAGAGAGAGGAGUCUGAGGAGCGGUUGAGACAGCUGAAGGAGGAGAUGGAGGAGGUGCUGGGAGAGCUCGCUCUCUUGGAGGAUCAGGAGCAGAGGAAGCAGGAGGUGGUGGAGAGCAGUCAGGAGGCCGUCCAAAGGCUGCAGGAGGAAAAGAGCGAGCUGGAGAGACAGCUGAGUGAUACCAGAGCACUGCUGGAGAGUAAGAGCAAUGAUGUGGCAGCUUUUAAAGAGGAGCAUUUUACAGCCAUGAAAGAACUCCAAGAGGCACAAACAAACUCACUGAGCAAGAUGGCAGACAUUGUUACAGAGCUGGAAAGCACCAAAGAAGCUCUGAAGGAAGCAGAAGGAAGACAGAAAACACUGGAAGCGGAGGUGGAGACAGUGACCCAGCAGAUGAAGGAGGAGAUGGACAAAGUGGUUCAACAGAAAGAGGAGGAAAUCAACAGAGUGAAGGAAGGGUUAGAGGAGCACCAGGAGAGACAGUUAGCUGAAGCAAAAGCCAGGGAGGAGAAUUCAAGAAUAUUGCUGGAGGUGCAGACUCGCCUUGCACAAAAAGAUGAGGAGAUGAAGGCCAUGGAGGCAAGCCAUGCCGGCCUGAUCAGUCAUCUACAGCAGGAGCUACAGCUGCAGACAAAAGGAAGGGAAGAGGCGCUGGGGCAACUAGAGGAACAGAGAGGUCAGAGUGUAACUCAGCUCCAAAAUGAGAUAGAAAAAGCUCAGAAACUCCUAGAGGAGGUCAGCCAGGAAAAAGAGGACAUAAUCGAACAGCUCCAACAAGAAAGAGAAGAGAGGGGGAAAAUUCAGACAGCCCUUCAGGAGGAGAGGAAAGCAUUGGAGGUUGAAAGGGAAGACCACCAGCAGGUCAAGUCAGAGGUGCUCAGAUUUCAGACUGAGCUUGAGAGAGUAGAGGAGGAAAGCAAAAGUCUUCUGUCUCAAGUAGAACUCAAAGACCAGUCCAGGCUUGCUCUUGAAAAUCAGCUAAACAACGCAGAGCAGGACAAAAAUCGGCUUCAGUCUCGCCUGGAUGAGGUUGAACAAGGGCGCUCGAGCUUCCAGGCCCAAUUAGACCUUAUGGAAGAGAAGACACGGGCUGUGCGGUGUGAGUUGGAUGAACAAAGACAAGACAGACGGGCUCUGCAGGAACAGGUCGAAGUACUGACUCAGGAAAAGGUUACACUGCAGUGGGAGAUGGAGGAGCAACGAGGAGAACUCCAAAGACAAAUAACUGAAGCACAGGAGAAAAGCUCUCAAAGUUCAGAGACCGAACACUGGAGGAACCAAUAUGAGGAGCUGUUUGCGAAAGUCAGGCCCUUCCAGGAACAGCUCAAUGCGUUUGCAGCUGAGCGAAAUGCACUACUCAAUGAAAACGGAGCAAACCAGGAGGAGUUAAACAAGUUGUCUGAUGCUUACGCUCGUCUGCUGGGCCACCAGAAUCAGAAGCAGAAGAUCAAACAUGUGAUGAAACUGAAAGAUGAGAACAUCUUUCUAAAACAGGAGAUGUCUAAGCUUCGGUCCCAGGUGAACCGGCAGAAGAGUGACCUGGAGCAGCUGAAGUCAAAGCUCCCCGGUGCUCCUUGCCGCAAGUUCGAUCCCAGCAAAGCUUUCCAACACAACAAAGAGAACAGGCAAACUGAAACAACUGAAACUCUUAAAGGAAAUCAUUAUGCAUAAUGGAGCUGUUCUACCAGGCAAGAACCGACAACUAAUUGGCAGCCUAAUUUAAUUUCUAUGGUUUGGUUUUUUGAAUACUUACCAACCUCUUACUUGGAUGCUUUUUUGUAUUUGUACUCAUAAUUCAUUAUCAUCAGUAAUUCAUGCUUCUUAAAAUUGUAAACUAUAUUCCCACAUCCUGUUUUACAGCCUUUUGUGUCCAAUUGUUACAUACAGAAAGAGGUUUUAUGUUCGUUUUGAUUUUAAAAAGAAAUGUUAGGAGCAGAUUGUGUGUGUGUGUGUGUGUGUACAGGAGCAGUGAGUGAAAAUAAUGAGGAAAUAGAUGGUACAUGCAAUGCAGAGAAUAAAACCGUAGCCAUAAAAAUGUGAGAUACUUUUUAUUGUUAAAUGUGUUUUUAGAAUUGUAUCUGUGUAACUUCCUUAGCUUAGCUCUGUAUGAAUCUUUCUUAUUUGUAAAUAAAGACAGAUUUUAAUACUCUUAAACAAAA